UUUCGCGGGAGGGCUCUUGAGCGCGUAAACCGUAUCCCUUCAUUCAUCAGGCCGUUUCCUGAAGCCAUUUCUGGACGGGAGAAACGAGAGUUGCGCUACUUUUUAAUCCGUUGCAUCUGCCUAAAUGCACGUUCUUAAAGAAAAAUACUUGACAGAAGUCGAUGGAUCAGACUUCCAGCUUCACUUCGGUCUGAUUAUUUUUGAAACUAUUGCGGCGGAUUAGCGGCCACACGGGCUCGAAAGUACGGAGACGAGAAAGGGGUUACCCCGAGUACGCAAGAUGAGAAGAGGGCUCUCCUCGGCUCCGGACAAAGUGAUUUUAGCGGGGGUCGGGGGCUCUGCUCUGGACAAUAAUAUCAUUUUAACCACGCUCUCGGAUCGUUUAAACCCGGGACAAUCCAACGCGACGUACAUCCAAAUAAUCACCACCUCACCGCCUUGCAACGUUACACAGACAUCAAAUGUGUGUUUAUCCGAGCCGCAGAUAAACAACAUUUACACAACUCCACAACAGGCUGCAGCAAACGGAGGGGGACAACGACCGGCUCUGGGGAGACCGCCGGCAAAAAGGCGGUUGGCGCUCGAUGAUUCAGAUCACCAGUACCAGUCAGAAACAACAAGAACUCCCAGAGGCCGAGGAGCGGCAGCAGCGACCAAUGGAGGAAGGUUAAAGACACCCAGAACACCCAAAUCUCCACCAGAGAAGACGCGGUACGACACCUCCCUGGGCCUUUUAACGAAGAAGUUUGUGGACCUCCUUGCUCAGUCUUCUGAUGGCGUCUUGGACCUCAACCUCGCUGCUGAAACCUUACAGGUUCAGAAGAGGCGGCUGUAUGAUAUCACCAAUGUACUCGAGGGCAUUCACCUCAUCAAGAAGAAAUCAAAGAACAACAUUCAGUGGAUGGGCUGCAGUCUGUUAGAAGUCGAGGGAGCGUUGAGCCAGAGACAGAGGCUGACAGCGGAGGUUUCUGCGCUGGGAGAAGAAGAACAGAGGCUCGAACAACUCAUCCAGAGAUGCAGCCUGGAUAUGAGACACAUGAGCGACUUGCAGAGCAACCAGAAAUAUGCCUAUGUAACAUACCAAGACAUGAAGCAGCUGGGAAACCUCAAAGAUCAGACUGUUAUUGUUGUGAAAGCGCCAACAGACACCAAACUAGAAGUACCUGACCCUGAUGAGAGUUUGUCCGUCCAUCUGACCAGCACCAAAGGUCCUAUCGAAGUCCUGCUGUGUCCAGAUGAGGAGAACGACCCCAGGAGUCCUGUAAAAAAUGGAAACACAGACAUCAACGGGAACUCUCCUUUUCUCAAAGUCCUUCAAGAUCCAAGCUGCACGGCCAAUUCUCCCGGCAACACCCUGGCACUGCCUUCCUCCACCUCAGCAGUCUCUGUGACGACUCUCUCCCCCAUUUCGUCCCCUUACACCAGUCUCCUCCAGCAGACAGAAGACCAGAUCCCUGCCUCCUUGGGGCCUUUCUUGAAUCUCGGGCCUCCUCUUCUGGACCAAGAGGACUACCUUUUAGGUUUGGGAGACGACCAGGGGAUUAGUGAUUUGUUCGAAGCCUAUGACUUUGAUAAAAUACCCUCCUGCCUGGAUGACCUCCUGUGCAGCUAGCAUUAGCUAACAGUAAUUCAGAUGAAGCGCAUGCGAGUGAGGUGGAGAAAAGUGAGGGUUUUGAUGCCUGUGACUGACUGUGUAGUUAAAGGAAGCCAAUUUUAAAUAGAUGGGAGAGGAAGCGAUGAGCACCCCUUUCAGUCCCGGUGGGAGGAAAUGCCAUGUUCUCUUACGGUGUGCGAGAUGAACAGCCUUGAACCAUUUCACACGAAGAAACGACUGAUCAGUGUGCAGACAUAUCCAUUAAUCCAGGUCUCAGGCGAUGUAAGGCCUCCAGUGUAGCUGAGCAUUGGUGGACAUCUGAAAGCCUUUUCUGUCUGGUUAAGCAUAAACAGCGAGGGGAAGGAUUUCCACCUUGCUUUGUUGUCUGAGGUUCACGUCACUGUACCGAGAGGAGUUUGAAAAUACCCCCACAUUACCUGGCAUUAACACACAUUCUCUGUGACUGGGCUUAGCAUCAAUGCCCCUGAGGUGCAUUUACAAUCGGUUAAACACUCUGAACCUUUGGUAAAACCCUCUCAAGAGCAGGGAAGAUGAAAACUGUGUUUACUGUUAAAGGAUGCUGCAUCUGAGGAUUUGUCAGGCUUGUAAAUCUGUGUUUUGGCAACGAUAGAAUGUUGUUAGUUCCCACUGAUGCAUCUUUUGUCAGUUUUCCAAAUUCUUCCAGGUAAUCCAUCCUGAGACGUAACCGCGAGUUUAAAAUGUGUUAAUGUCAAGUGUUUUGGGGCAGAAGAGAUGCUAAAGACAUCUUAAUGAUUGGAUCUGUGAUUGACUGCUCAUACUGUUGGCUGUUUAAUAGGCAUUUUUCAUUGUUCAAAUGUAGAACAUUUUAGAGGUUAAAAUAAAUAUGAAAUGGAAAAUGGGGCAAUUCUGGUGCGAAUCAUCCAUGAUACAGUUGUUAAUUUACCUUUGGGUUAGACAGGGUUAGGCUUUGGUCACCUCUCGUGUCCAACACUUGUCAGGAUAGUUCUAAAGCCUAUGUACAUUAAAGCACUAUUUAGAGUGGCAUGAGGGACUGUGUUUGAUGUGCCCCAGGUAAAUUUUCAAAUUUAAACUGUAAAAAAAAAGCAAUGGUUUGUGCGGCCUAAAUGCUCUUAAUGAAGACGAGCAUGCAGUCUUUUAUUUUUUUACCUGUUAACCUGAUCAGCCUUACACCUGCUGAUCGAUUGGCCAUCCUGCAAUGACAAAUGAAAACGUUGAACAAAGUGAUGUCUAACCUUGCAUAACAGAGGCCAGAAAAGCCCUCCCUCCUGGGUAAAUUUGGAUUAAACAAAAACACCUGAUGUACAAACUUGAAAA